GUAUGACUGCACGUCGGCACGUCCGCACUCCGCAGUCCUAAUUCCGCUGCUGCUGGYUGUACUAGGUAUGGCUUUAUGACUUAGAUGACUGAUWAUGAUAGUCGUAAUAUAACUCGAAGUUCGGCUGAUUCCGAUACAAGACUUUCUUCUCACGUCAACGAUCGACAUAAUUCGUUGAAAGUGCACGUAACGAACCACACAACAYAGGCACCUUCUUAUAUUUUAAGAAAUGAACAAAAUGUUGACGUUUACGAGAGCCCUGAGCCGCCGGAGCGCGGUUUUGCUCUACGACUCGAGUGCUGUUCGAAAAAAUAACUAUAGGUCUACGAGUACAGUCCGCGCGCCACCAGUCCCUCCGGUCAUAACUGGUACUGCCGUCAGCAAGGACGAGACCAGAGAUUUCAUGGCAGUGUUCCCAGAUGUUGUCAGAGAUCUGACUGACACCGGUCGCAACUUGGACGUGCCCGAUGUUACCAAGUGGCUUGCAAAACUGUUGCAAUACAAUGUGCCUGGUGGUAAGAAAAACCGAGGAUUGGCAUUGGUACUCUCAUUCAAAAUGCUAUCUUCACCUGCUGAUCAGACCGAUGAAAAUCUUAAAUUGUCCUACAUACUGGGAUGGUGUGUUGAAAUCGUAAGUCAUUUUAAGUUGUAAUUAGAGGAAAAUACU